CCAUUGAAACCUAGGUUGGGGAUAUCAAUUUAGAUUCAUCGAAACAUUGGUUCCUUCGAGAUCGAACGACCACAAGACCCUGAUCAGUGAUGCUUAGGAAAGGGUCUAGAGACUUCCGUGGUUGCCCGUCUCUCCUGUCCACGCUUCUGGCGGACUAGCCAGGUAACGAGAACAGAUCGAGACGUCGGAGGCGAGACUAAGAGAGCGACCGAAAGGAAGAGAGAUGGGCGGCGGCGGAGGGCAUGGAGGAGGCACGACGUACAAGGGGUACACCAUCCACCGCCCCAAGCGCUGGCAUGCCCUCACCGGCAAGGGCUUGUGCGCCGUCAUGUGGUUUUGGAUUCUAUACAGGGCUAAGCAAGAUGGUCCUGUAGUUUUGGGUUGGCGUCAUCCUUGGGAGGGACAUGAAGACCACUCUCAUGGGCAUGACCAUGGACAUGAGGCAUCUCAUUAGACAUCCCAAGGGUGGCAGCUAAGAGGGGUCCCCAUUUGUUGCCUGUGUGACUGCAAUGCUAGUGAAUAAAGUUGAUUUGGGACAUGAAGCUGUUCAUCUUUUUUUCUUUUUUUUUUGUUAUUUCACAUGCUUAAAAAGUGGUGGAUUGGAAAACCUAUAUUAUGUCUGGACUCCUUUUCAUGUGCAAUGGACUAUUAUGUUUCCUGUGAAAUCCUAUAUUUAAUACCAUUUCAAAUUCUGAAAA